CCGAUAAUGCUAUUUAGUAUUUAUCUAAAUCUAAUCAACUUUUAAAAACAAUUGUCCUAGUUUACAUUUACUGUUUAGUUGUUCUACUUCAAAAGUUUUAUGCAAGUAAGUUUAAAGUAAGCUGGAUUUAUUUAAAGCUAGUAUUUUAGAGAAUAAUUAAUAAAUAAAUAUCUAAUGAAUUACAACCAUCUGGGUAUGUUUCUAACUUCUAAUUAAGUUGAUUUUUUUUAAAAUUUAAAAUUCUCUUGUUUGUGAAACAUGAUGUCUAUUAUCAAGUGUAAAGUUUAUCGAUAUUAAAGGAAUUUGUCAAUAGUUGAUUAAUAGUAAUAAUACUAACUAUUAUGAAUAUAGAAUAUAAUAUAUAUUUUAUUAUAAGUUGUCAUUCAGUUUUACAAAAUAUAGUUAAGUUGUUUAUUUACUAUCGUACCUAUCUAAUAUAAUAAAAAAAACUUAGUAAAAUAGAAAAAUUGAGAACUAAUUUGGACUUAAUUUUAUACUUAAUAUGCAAACCAACAAGAUGAGAGGUCGCCCUCCAAAGGCAAAAUCAACAUGUACUAUGUGCAAUGACUCAAAGCAUCCUUUAAAUUACGUAUUACCUACACAAAAUGGAAAAAAAGAAUUUUGCUCUGUCAAUUGUCUUACAGAAUUUCGAAAAGAAUACGUAAAGAACGGAUGUGCAAAUUGUGAUAAUAUAAUUAAAGGCUCUCCGGUUAAACAAGAAAAUCAAGAUUCUACUCCAAAAAACUUUUGUUCAACUGCUUGUUUAAAUAAACACCAAAGAAAAGAACAAACCAAAAAAACUGUAUUUGGAGAUGUUCAAGUGGAAAAUCCAUUUUCUGCUCACGGUAGUCCAGUAUUUGAUUGGGAUAAUUAUCUUAAAGAAACAUCAAGCUCAGCAGCUCCUACUUAUUGUUUUAAACAGCAUGAAGUAUCUCCGGAAAAUGAAUUCAAACCAAGUAUGAAAUUGGAAGCAGUGGAUCCUCGAAACAUAACAUCCAUGUGCAUUGCAACUGUCAUAGGUGUUGUUGGCCCCAGAAUACGUCUUCGUCUAGAUGGUGGAGAUAAUAAAAAUGAUUUUUGGCGAUUAGUUGACUCUUCAGAAUUAAAACCCAUUGGUUAUACAGAAAAAAAAGGCGGAAUGUUACAACCCCCUCUUGGUUUUCGUAUGAAUGGUUCACUAUUCCCUAUGUUCCUAUUGAAGACCCUAAACGGAGCUUUAUAUUCUCCCGAUACUGCUUUUAAAUCUGAACCAGAUGCUCCUACUGACAAUUUAUUUAAAGUUGGUCAAAAAAUUGAAGCAGUCGAUAAAAAAAAUCCACACCUAAUUUGUGUGGCAACUAUUGGUGAUGUUAAUAAAAACAAUAUAUUUGUUACAUUUGAUGGAUGGAGAGGUGCAUUUGACUAUUGGUGUUCAUAUGAUUCUAGAGAUAUAUUUCCAGUAGGAUGGUGUGUAAAAAGUGGCCACCCACUUCAGCCACCUGGUCAUAAAGGAUCUCGCUAUUCAGGAAGUAGACCUAAUAGUGCACAGUCUUCAGCAAAUGUAAAACAACAUUUUAAUGAUUCUAUAAAUUUAACUCCAGAUAGUGCAAGUGAUCUAGAAGCUGGUAUCCAAGAAUCAUGUUCUGUAUUUAUAAACCAUGAGUGCAAGUGUGGCCCAUUUAUGGAUUCUUCUAAAUUGUUUGAACUUCCUAAGCAAUUAGGGCCUGGAUUAGUACAAAAAGUUUUGAAAGACACUAUACAACAUUUAGUAAAUACUGCACAUGAUAUUCAAUCAGUUACGACAUUGAUGAAGAAACAAGGUGAUAGUACAUGUACAAUAACAGCUACAUAUGAAGGGAAAUCCAGGGUUUUUAAGUUACCAAAAAUUGAGAAGACAGAUGAGUUCUGGGAUUAUAUCAGAACUCUGUUAGAAGAUCUGUCAUGCUGCAAAAAUUUGUUAAGUCCCGCUUUAAAUGUUUGCUCCGAAUGUAAACUAGAAAAGAAUGUGAACGAAGUAAUAAAAAAUGAUAAUAAAAGUAUAAAACGACAUGGUUCACCAGAAAGUUCAACUCCCGAUGAAGUUACAGUAGUAACAAAAAAACCAUGUACAACUGAACCUGAAAUGGAAGCUGCAUCUUCCACAACCCCAACUGAAGGGCCAAUAAGAUUACCUGUAGACCCUGCAGAAUGGUCUGUAGAAGAUGUUAUUCAACAUAUAAACUGUAUAGAUUUACAGUUAAAUACAUUUGCUGAUCUUUUUAGGAAACAUGAAAUUGAUGGAAAAGCCUUAUUAUUAUUGAACUCUGAUACAAUGAUGAAAUACAUGGGACUUAAAUUAGGGCCUGCCUUAAAACUUCAAAACGUAAUCAAUAGAUUAAAACCUCGACGGAGAUAAAAGUGAAAAGCUCAUUGGAAGCUUUUUUCAUUCAAGGUUGAUAACAAUGAAUGUUAAAUUAUUAAUAAUUUUGUUUUAUCCAACUAUUUUAAUGUAUUAUGAAUGAUUGGUGCUUAGGUAAUAGAUAUUUACUAUGAAAUUAAUUCACAUCAAUUUUUUUUUUUUUAAGUAAUAAUACUUAAUAUGUUUUCCUUAAUAAAUAUUUUAUUUUAUUUAUGAAAUUUCUAUUAACUAACUUUUAAUCAUUGUACAUUUUUGUUUUCUAAUUUAUACGGACAAUGAUUUAUUUUUUCCCUGUAUGAAAUAUAAAUAAAAAUAUAGUUUUCUUAUAACUAAAUUUUAAAUUAUGUUUUUUUGUCAUUGAAUUUAUUUAACAUGUUGACUACGUAUGUCUAUUUGCUGUUUUCACCCAGUGCAUAUAAUAAAAGUAAAAAAACAGUAUUCUAUAAAUAACAUAAAGAAAUUCCUCUUACAUGGUCAUACGUCCAAACGAUAUAUAUAUAUACAUAUUUUAAAACAUUUGUUUAUCUAUUCUAAAUAAUAAUAAAAUAACAUUCAGUCACACGUAUGGAAUAAUAAACCAUUUACUUUAAAUAUAUUAUAUUGGAUGCCAAAUUACUUCAAAUGCAUUGCUGGUUGACUCUCAUGAUGACAAUUUAUGUCAGUACGCAGUCAACGUGUUAAUAAUCAAUAUAUCAAGAGGAUGUUACAUAUCGUCCCCGUUCAUGCAAAGUACACUAAGUCCAAAAAUCGACUUAGAAAUUUGUAUUUUAACAAUAAUAAGAGCUAUAAAUUUCACAGUGUCAUAUUAUUUACAACUACUCAUUAACAGGUACUUCCCUUAAGGGAAACUCAAUUAAAAAAAGAAAAAAACAAAUUUGGUUGCAUAUGGUAUACAUUUAAAGUUUGAAAAAAUUUCAAAAGCUGAUUCAUGUUUUUGGACUUGGUGUGUUUUGCAUGAACGGGGACGAUAUUACAGUAUUGUUACCUCUGUCUACCAUUUUAUAUACAUAUAUGUAACAAAAUAAAUUAACUUUCCAUAAGACUAAUAAUAAGCUUUAAGCCAAUAUACAGUUUAAUUGAUAUAUUGUUUAUUAUUUUCUCAGUGAUCAGUGUUGAUUCUAUAAUAUACAAAUUUGGAAUUUUGCAUGAUGGACAGGAAUUAAUAACAAUUUUAACUCUUAUAAAUGUUGAUAUUUUGUUUUUCCAGUACAAUUUUCUUCUAAUUAGUAGCAUAUUAUCGAAUUAAGAAAUUAUGAUUACAAUUUAUAAUUAAUUAAACUUUCAUAUGAUUUUUUUAUAUCUAUGAAAUCAGAAUAUUUUUCUUUACACAAUGGUUUUUAUUGGGUAUAUUUAAGUUUUAUAUUGCCUAUUAUAUUAGUGAUUGAAUUAAUUGAUUAAUAUUAUCGUUUUAAUAAUAUAUUAAUUUGAUAUUCUGGGAACCAAAACCUCGCUUAGCACAAACCAUAUAACUAUAGUCCAUAAUAUCCUAUUAGCUAAAAUUAUUGGUUUAAUUAGAAGUAAUUAGCAACAAACAAUUUAAUAAUAUUUAAAAAGGUAGUUGUGAUCAUAUAAAAGUAAUAACAUUUUACACUCCAUGGUUUUGUACUUUUAAUUUAUGUUAUUUUUUGUUAUUAGCUUUAAUUUAUGUAUUAGAUAAAUCUGUAAUAUUUUAUCAUGUUUUAAUUUUUGUAAUAUAGGUAUAUUUUAUUUUAUUUUUAGUAAUAGAAAUAUAUUUUGUUUAUUAAUUAUAUUGUAAUAUUAAUAGCCUAAUGGGAGAAAAAUAUAAUGGCAAUUGUUUCUGUGAUUUUAGAAAUAUUUUGAUUGAUUGUAUUGAAAAAUUAUAUUUUUUAAAUGAAUAUAGUAUUUUGUUUGCA